AUGAGCACACCCCUCGUCUUGGGCCUCGGCGUGGCCGCCGCUGCGUUUGUGGGCAAGCAGGCGGUGCAGCAGUAUGUGAAGCUGAGGGCACGCCCCCCCAGCAUCCGCGCCUUCUAUAAGGGCGGCUUUGCCCCUACCAUGGACCGGCGGGAAGCGUCGCUGAUCCUUGGGCUGCGGGAGAGCGCGGGGGAGGAGAAGGUCAAGGACGCCCACCGCCGCAUCAUGAUCGCCAACCACCCGGACUCUGGCGGCAGCAGCUUCAUUGCAGCAAAGGUGAACGAGGCAAAGGACAUCCUGCUGGGCAAAAAAAAGAAGUCAGGGUCUGUCUUCUAG